UUUAUCCCGCCUCUGUUGCCCGGCCCAGGGGAGCAAUGACAUCACGUGGCCCUUUCCACGCGCUGACACAAAGAGCGGCUGCGAGAGGCCUCGGCCAGGGAGGCCGGCGGCCGCCGCUGCCUCUCAGGGCUCCGGGGCCCCGCCAGCCCGGCCCUCCGCCCGCUGUCCGCGCCCUUCUGCCGCCACCGCCGUCGCCUGCGCCCCCCGCGCACCGCUGAGCCCGCCCGGGCGCCGGCUCUUUCCCAUGCGGGCUGCGAGGGCCCUGGGAGGGGCGCCCGGAGCCAGCCGCGCAGCAUGCACUGGGGGGUUGGCUUUGCCUCGUCCAGGCCGUGCGUGGUGGACCUGAGCUGGAACCAGAGCAUCUCUUUCUUCGGCUGGUGGGCCGGGUCCGAGGAGCCCUUCUCCUUUUAUGGGGACAUCAUCGCUUUCCCUUUGCAGGAUUACGGUGGGAUCAUGGCAGGGCUGGGCUCGGAUCCCUGGUGGAAGAAAACCCUUUAUUUGACCGGGGGAGCUUUGCUGGCCGCGGCUGCGUAUCUGCUCCACGAACUCCUGGUCAUUAGGAAACAGCAAGAGCUUGACUCCAAGGAUGCUAUUAUUUUACAUCAGUUUGCAAGACCUAAUAAUGGGGUCCCCAGCUUAUCUCCUUUCUGUCUGAAAAUGGAAACCUACUUAAGAAUGGCUGACCUACCCUAUCAGAACUAUUUUGGUGGAAAGCUCUCUGCUCAAGGGAAAAUGCCUUGGAUUGAAUAUAACAAUGAAAAAGUAUCUGGCACAGAAUUCAUAAUCGACUUUCUGGAAGAGAAACUUGGUGUGAACUUAAACAAAAACCUUGGCCCUCAUGAAAGAGCCGUCUCAAGAGCCGUCACCAAGAUGGUGGAAGAGCACUUCUAUUGGACAUUAGCUUAUUGCCAGUGGGUGGACAAUCUCAAUGAGACCCGGAAGAUGCUGUCUCUUAGUGGUGGUGGUCCCUUCAGUAACCUGCUCAGGUGGGUCGUGUGCCACAUAACAAAAGGAAUUGUGAAACGGGAGAUGCACGGCCACGGCAUUGGCCGCUUCUCGGAGGAAGAGAUUUACAUGCUGAUGGAGAAGGACAUGCGGUCUUUAGCGGGGCUUUUGGGUGACAAGAAGUACAUCAUGGGGCCCAAGCUUUCCACUCUUGAUGCCACUGUCUUUGGGCACUUGGCACAGGCAAUGUGGACUUUGCCAGGGACGAGGCCGGAGCGGCUAAUCAAAGGGGAGCUGAUCAACCUCGCCAUGUACUGUGAGAGGAUCAGGCGGAAAUUCUGGCCCGAGUGGCACCAUGACGACGACAAUACCAUCUAUGAGUCUGAGGAGAGCAGCGAGGGUAGCAAGACUCACACACCCAUGCUGGAUUUUAGCUUCUACUCAAGGACAGAGACCUUCGAAGAUGAGGGGGCUGAGAACAGUUUCUCCAGGACGCCAGACACGGAUUUCACGGGACACUCUCUCUUUGAUUCUGACGUGGACAUGGAUGACUGUACAGACCAUGAACAGUGCAAGUGAUGUCCCGCCACGGACCCCUCUUCCUUAGGAGCUACCACUCCCUGGGGUCGGUCUGGUUUCCCAGGUAGAAAUCCACCUGAGCUGGAAGGAGAUCUUCAAGCUUGGCUCAGUUUUAACAUGCUAACGGGACUAUAAGCCGCCUUAUUUCUUUUUUUGUACAAACAAAACACAGAACCAUUCAGAUGGCUCCGUUUAAAACAGACCAAACAAAUAUCAGCAUGGUACCUGAAAUCCAUUUUCGUUUUCAUUAGAAAACCAAUAUUGUGUGGGAGGGCAGAUACAUGAGUGUGGGUUGUCACCUGAGUGUUGACAUUGAUCCUUUCCAACUGAGGACUCUAUUGUCAGGUGGAUUCUUGAGCAUCAGCCAUCUACCUGGGUUUUAAGUAAUAAGAGGUAUCAUCAAAAAACAUGUAGGCGGUGAUGUCCUUCAGCUGCUGCUGUACUUUGUGUGUGUACUUGUAUGUUGAGACAGAAGUCAGAUGAAAUCCGCCAAUAUUCAGUGGACAGAUAACCGUUAUGCGUGCGGCGCUGAGUGGGGGUGCUAUGCAGCAGGAGUUUCGCUCUGAACCCUGCCAGUGACUAGCUGGGUGAUUUGGGGCAGGUCCUUUAACUCUUGUGUGCCUCAUUUAUCCCACCUGUAAAGUGGGCGUGACAAUACUCUCCACCUACCUACCUCACAGGGGUGUUGUGGGGAUUCGCGCGGGCCGCAUUAGUAUGGCGCUUUAAACUUCCCGGAAGUGGUGCAACACGAGCCAAUUUUAUUCUUCACUGGGCUUCAUACAUGUUAGGAUCUGCCGGCAAAGUGACUUCCAUAGCUGGGCAACAAGCACGGCCACUCGCAAAGGCUGUGCAGAAUAAACACACACAAAGCCAACUAGGGCCGAGUCAUUCCUCUUUGUGGCUUGGCUGGAAGAACUUUGGAAGUAGCUUCGCAAAUCAUCAUCAGCUACAAUGUGGUCCUCCACUCUAGGCCUUUACGGAACAACGUUUCCUUCAUUGCCGAGUGCAUUGGCGUGUGGCUUCAUUGCCUCCCAAGUGCUAAUGUACCCGUGUUUAUUGAUUUGGAGAAGAUAAAGCUUAGGACCAUGGCGGGUUAACAGAGGUGAAGGAAAGUAUUUGUUGUAGGCAGAGCUUGUUGACUGUCAUGGCUUUUUGAAGACAAAGAUACAUUGGAAAGAGAAGCCUCAGGGUGUUCCUUGUGUCUGAGUCCCCUGCAGUUUCCGGACUGCACCUUGUUAGGUGUCCCACUGUCGUUGGGUCAGAGUAGGACAGGACUGACACCAAAUCCUAGGGCUUCAUGAUCUCUCAUCCCUUCUCAUCACCCCCCUCUCUCUCCCUCUCCCUCUCCCCAGAGCCCCCGAACAGGUGGAAUGUCUCUGUAUUUGUCUCUGAAAACAGCGUUGGAUAGCUUAGUUCAUUUUCCAGGCAGUGGUGGGGCAAGGGUUCUGUGUAGUGGCUGUGGAUUGGGCUGUAAGACUUAAUGACUUUGCUUCUGAUCAACUGCGUAAAAGUUACUCCUUACUGGGUUGAUGAGGCCCCUCAAAGAUGGAACUUCCUGACAAAUCAAUGCAUUUUGCUUGAAAAGCAACCUAUUUUUGAUAUAGCUUUCCCACAAAAAAAAUCUUUAAAGAGUGUUGUUCAUUUUCAAAGAGGCCAAGAGGGAGCGUUUUGAAGAUGCUUGCCACUUAAGCCGCUGCAGAGCGUUUGGAAAUGGGGAUAAUGUUGAACUCUUAGGUUAGAAAGUCUUACCUGUAGAAAAUUUAGCUGUAGAUUAUUUUCUGUUGAAGCCACUCCUCUGUGGAGGAACCUGUUUGGUGAGUAGUCAGCACAGGCUUGAGAAGCUGCGUUUGAUUAAACACACUUGUGUGUUGGUGUUCUGCGUGUGUGUCCCGUUUGCCUCCUGGUGUUCUGAGCACCUGGCGGCAGUCCUCUGUGACUAGUGAAACUACUGAAUGAAGCGUGGCUAGGACGACUGUGGACCUGACCGGGUACAAGUUUUCUUGUCCGCUCCUCUCUCUCAACUGGAAAGAAAUUCUUAACAUUUUGCUUAUAACUGAUUUAUUAUUCUUCCUGUGUGAUGCUUUUCCCUGUAUAAAUGUUUUCAGUAUGAGUAUGUGGACUAAUAUCUGCUUUCUUGUGCAUUAUUUGUAGGGCAACUCCAUAGACAGGCAGUGUUUGUUGUUAAGUCGUAGGGCGAUUUAUUCCAUCCAGGCACCGUUAGAGGGGGGUAAUGAGUGGGCAUUCUUAACUGGAGUCCUAGACACUUGGACAGCUUACAGCUGGGUACCUUGUAGAUACGGAUUUGAAUAGAACCCAAGACUAUACCUCUGUUUCCCUCCUCCAUAUGGAUUAUUGGAACAAAAUGAUAAAGAAAAAAUUAUGGCUGUGUGGGUCCCUAACGAGAGGGCUUAACUUCUCUAUGUGUUGCCCAGAUUUGAAGGCCUGUGCAGUUGGGUGAGUCGGUGCUACUUGUAAUGACAACAAUAAGAAACUAGAGGACGUUUUACUCAUUUGCUCAAGUCUUUCUUUUUUCCUUCUGGAAAGUUAUGUAAGGGAGCACAAUCUUUUAAUGUAAACUGAUGCUUUUGAUUGAGCAGAAAAUCCGAGGACCAAGGGUUACUUUUAAGUUUUUAUUAUAGAAACAAAGCUUCUUAUAUGUCUGUCCACACCCAGGACGAGAGAGCAGUAGUUAUGAGCUCUGGAUCCAUCAGGGCAGUUAAAAGGACAAGGUACAUUUUUGCAGAAAUAGACUAUGUGGUCAGAGUCUACCAUUUUGUUGUCCUAUAAUCAGUUGUGACCAGUGACACACCAAGGCCAUGGCCACCACAUCUUUGAUUACAGACUUAGAACCUUUGGACUUGAAUCAUUAUUGCAAUCUAGGCUUCAGGUGAGUCUUGCCCGAGUGCACAGAGGUAUUUGAUUUGCUUCUGGGAAAUGAGUAGGAGUCAAGGAAAGGAAGAACUAGAGUUCUUUGCAAGUAGAGAACUGAAAAAAAGUCUAGGACAUAACUGUAGAGGGGCCCUUGCAAGAGAGCUGCAGAGGUCAUUGCUGUCUCAAUCACACACUGUGUAGUUGGAGGAAGAGUAAGAUCCACAACUGUCUUCUUUGACCUUGCCCUAGAGCGCUCUUGCCACCGCACCACCUUGCUUUGGCUUCCUUACACACCCAUGUUCUGAACAAUUGCUCCCUGUUUCAGCACCAACACACCCAGGCCUCUGAGUGCUGGAUUCCGACUACAUCUCUUUCACCUCCCACACCCAGCCAGGCUGGUUCAGGCCAGUUCAAGAGACCCUUCCUCAGUAUCUAUCCUAUGUAUAGCACUGCUAAGCUCUGUGAAUCACAAGAAGAUGGCUUUUCAAAUUCAACACUCCCCUUUCCGUCUUUUGUUACCUUUAAAAUAACUUGUGUUCCCUUAGUUCACUGAAUCUGUACUGAGCAUCCACCCUGUGUCUGGCCCUGGGAUGCACAUUGGCUGUAAACUAACUGAAAAGGCAGACUGACACUGACUUCAGAGCAUCCUCUUUUGCUUAGAUUUGAGUGAUAACCUUCACACGCCCAGACUCUCCCCAGAUCUGUCUCACACAUUACCACCGGAGGAGUCUUUGGAACAAACUUUUGGUCUGUAGGGGGUCUCAAUUGCCUUAGGCUGAGGCUUCCUCCUUAGGGCUUGAUAUUCUCAGUUUUUUCUCUUGUCUCCCAUGGCUCUUCCACACACCCUCUAGAGCAGCAGAUCCAUUUAUCAUUACCUCUACAAGCCUCCCGUAUCCCACCUUUGGGUUGCUGGUCAUGCCAGCCCCUCUGCUGAAAUGCCCUACCCUCUGGCCCUAAUCAUCAUCUCUUAAGGCCCAACUUCAUCAGUUCCGCAUGAAGAGCCCCAACUUAUUAUCAUCCCCCCUUUCCUCUAAAAACAAAAACACUUAUCAUUUCCUUCCCUGAAGGCUAGAUGGGAAAAACGUGCUCAGAAAGUGGGCCACGUGCUAUAAAGUAAUGGGUUUUCAUUGUGUGUAACAGUGCCUCCUCCAUUGAUAAUCUAAUGAGAGUCCUAGGCUCUAUUCCCAGAAAAGUGCGCAUAUGCAAAUCUCCACAAUUUUACAUAUAAAUUCAAAGAUUUGGAAAGUAGAAUUGCUCUUUGAUUCCUCAGGGGGUCCACAGACCCCAGAUGAGGAGGUCUUGUUCUAAAGCGUCUCUAAACAGCACUCUUGGUGUUGUCUUGUCUUUUACACUUCCAAGGAGGAGAGAAUUGGUAUGAGACGUGCAAGCACAAGGCUAUUGUUAUUGACCCUGAAUAUGUGCUGAGUGACAGAGAGGGAAGAAAGACGAGCUGCCUCACAUUGUCUAGGAAAAUAUCUUUAUUCAGACAGAGCUGGGAAUUUUUAUGUUAUGUGUGUGUACAUUGUCUUUGGGAUGUACGCACCUUUGAGGGUAUACAAGCCAGCAUGGGGAAUUGGAUCCUGCUCAGCUGGAGAUAUGGGUGUUUGUAAGAAGUGGGUGCUGGGGUUAGAAUUCUGGUCCUCACAGGCUGGAGAAAUGCUUAGUCUGUUAAAGGCUAGGCUCACAAGCAGGAAUAUUAGGAUUCUGGGCCUCAUAAUUGAGCAACAAUCACUCGAAACCACUGAGCCAUUCCUCUAGCUCCCAGAUUUACAAUUUUGAAAGCGAUAGAGUUUGUCAUUGUUGUCAUUGUUACUUAUUUUUAGCCACUUCUGAAGUUGAUGUAGCAAAGUGAGUUCAGGACCAAGUCAGCAUCAUUUCUGCCCUGAAACCCACCACUUCUGUGUGGCUAAGCGGUGGCCUUGGGGCUGAAAGAAGUGGUUGGAGUUUUUUUUUUUUUUUCUUGUGGAAUGAGAUCUAUGCAACAAAUUUUCCUGUGUUCAUCUUAUUAUGGGUCUAUUGCUGAUUCUAUUUUCCAUAAGAUGGUGAUGCAUUAUCCUGGUAGGGAACAGCUCAGUUUAUUCUUCAAUUUAAAAACAAAAAAUAAAAACAAACAAACAAAGCCAGAACAAAGUUAUCUUUUUUUUUUUUUUUUGGUUUUUUU